AUGACUAAUGUGAUCAAGCCUGAGGUAUCCAUGAGCCGUCUGCUGUGCCAUCUCAGCUUCCGAGUACCGAAGUUGAAUCAUUGCAUUUCGCAGAAUUUGGAUUCGUUCUCUCUACGAGAUCGUUGGGCUUUCUCCAUGAGCUCAAGGCCCUUCAGAACACGGCGGUCGCAUCAAAAGUCCCGACUUGGUUGCGCAGAAUGUAAAAGGCGGCGUAUCAAGUGCGACGAGAGAACACCAGUAUGUUUCAACUGCGGGAAUCGCGGGCAGGAAUGCUCAUUUGCAUCAGUCAGCCCAGCAACCUCAGCAAAAAGCGGCUCACCGUCGUCGAGUACGCAAGUGGGACCAAAACCACGCGCGUCGCGCUUUCGAGCGCAAGUUUUCUCAAAUGGAGGCCGCAAGCAGACCUUUAAACUAGUCACAUCAAAGACAGCAGAGCAAUCCCUUCAGAAUGAGACGGCAGAGUUUCCAGUCGAGUCCUCGCCAUCAGACGGGAUUUCCAUGGCUGAUCUCCGUCUAUUUCAUCAUUAUACCAUUUCGACUUAUGCAACCCUCACUGAAGAGAAUGACCCAAAUGGCGUGAUGCAAAAUCAUAUCGUUCAAUGGGGAAUGGAGUUUCCGUCCAUCUUACACCUAAUACUGGCUCUAUCCGCCUUGCAUCUCGCUCACUUGACCCCUGAAUUACGCAAUGACUACUUACGGCAAGCUGAAGAUCAUUUUGCGUCUGGUUUGCGCAUUGUGACCCGCCAACUCCCCAAUUUCAAUUCUGAAAAUUGCCAGAAGAUCUACAUGGCCGCCGUGCUGGUCUGUCUUGCAUACUUUGCCCGUGGCCCCCAGCCCGGCGAAUACCUCAUUUUCAGCGACAAUGGUGCAUCAGAGUGGCAAAGACUGAUGAGAGGCGUGAAGGUCAUCAUCACAACAUAUCGCCACGAAGUUUUCAGUGGAGUCCUGACACCCGGCCCGCCAAAAGAGCCUGGAACCUUGAAUGAUUCGUUGCGCAUGGAGCUUGAUGAGUUCACUGGCGAGGUUCAAAAAUUGAGAAGUUUCGUCCUGCAGAACAUCGUCACCGAUCCUAGUCGGGCGAUGUAUCAAUUGGCCAUUGAUGAUCUCUUGAUGAUGAUGCAGGAAGUGUACAAAAAACGGUCUACCCCCGACUCAGGUGUUGCUUUGACGCAGUUCCUCAUGGGCUGGCUCUACCGUUUGCCUGACGAGUUUGUUUGUUUGUUGGAGCAGAAAGAGCCAUAUGCUCUCACAAUAUUGGCCUAUUGGGCAGUUAUUUUGAGCUUCAUGGAAAGCGUGUGGUUCAUGCAGGGCUGGUCCCAGCACGUGCUACAAGGAAUUUCCGCCAAUCUUGAAGUCGAAUAUCAGCCACACAUCUCUUGGCCUGUUCAACGAAUAAAGCAGGGGUUUCAAAGUGAAUUAUACCUCAGGCGCACGAUGGAAGAUAUCGUUCAAUGA